AUGGGUCCUGCCUCGGGGUACAUGAAUCGCCAUUUAACUCUUACAAACAGAAUUAAUUUGCCUUUUGCCCUCAUUCACCUUUUCUUUCAGGCGGCGCGGCUGGUGGAGCGGGCGCAGGGCCCGUCCCGGCGCAGGGUGCCCGUGCUCCGCCGCUUCGUGGCCUGCCCCGAGCUGGCGCGCACCGUGCAGCGCUGCCUGCGCGUCCACGCGGCGCCCGGCCCGCAGCCCCUCGUGCUCGAGUGCGCGCCUGGUCCCGGAGUCCUGACGCGGACUUUGCUCAACUCAGGGGCUCGAGUUGUUGCGCUGGAAAGUGACCAGGCGUUUCUGCCAGACCUGCAGUCCCUAGAGAAAAGCUUGGGUGGACAACUCAAAGUAGUUUAUGGUGACUUCUUCAGAUUGGAUCCUUUGGUCACUGGACCAGUAAAACCACCUACCGUAUGUUCUGAGAAGCUUUUUGAAUCUGUGGGGGUAGCAGCAGUUCCUUGGAGAGCAGAUGUACCUGUGAAAAUUUUUGGAAUCAUACCACAGAAAAAGGAAAGAAACAUGCUGUGGAGGCUGAUUUUUGCCCUGUAUGAAUGCAGUUCCAUAUACAGAUAUGGAAGAAUGGAACUUAACAUGUUUAUAAGUGAAAAAGAAUACAAGAUAUUAACAGCAAAACCUGGAGAAAAGAGGAUCUACCAAGCGCUUACUGUGCUCUGGCAAGUAGGAUGCGAGAUUCAACUUCUGCACAUGGAACCUUGGGCAUCAUUUUUAACUAAUUUGAAAAGUGGGGGACUGGCAAUACCAAAGAGCACGGCUCUGCCAAAUGAUCAUUUAUGUUUGGUUCGACUGACUCCCCGAAAAGAUCUAUUUACAGGAAGCAUGAAAAACACAAAUUCAGCAACCUUUGUUUUCCUGGUGAAACAGUGUCUUGCUAAACCCAGUUCUAGAAUUAUUGAUAAAUUAAAUUCAUGGAGCUUGUAUGAUGCCUGCAAGUUACUGAGAGAGCUAGAAAUUCCAGAAGAUGCUGAGACAGUUAGCCUGUACCCGGAAGACUAUAUGCGUCUCUUUGAUGCCUUGCAAAACUCUAAUGUGUUCACUGAAAGUUGGUUCCAUGAUGAAGUCUUGCAAAGUGUGAGAAAUAUAAACUUUUAAAUCUAAAGGUACUGAGAUUUAGAAGAUUUUAUUUGCUUCUGGAAGAUGACUAUGGUAAGAAAUGGUUUAAAAAGUUGGAGAUCCCGUUAGGUUGAUGAUUUCUGCCCAAACAGGAAGAUAAAUGCAUCAAGAAACAAGAGCUCUUCUCAGUAGGAUGCAAGUAUGGUGUUUGCCGGCGCUUGACUACAAUCCCAUCCAGAAUGGACAAAUUUUGCACUUUCUCCAGGAGCACCUUAGCAAAUGGCUGCUUUUGGAUAUACCACUUAAAUUGGACUUUGCACUACAUCGAUGUUGAUUUACGUAAUUUAAGGACAGAAAGGGGAAACACAAACAAAAAAUUACAGUGAUUUGUGCAGUUUGUAUUUAGUGCUCAGUCAUCUGAGUGUUAUUUCACAGAUUCCCAAAAUACACUGUUCCUUACAAAUAUUGAAUCUGUUUUAUCUCUGUGUGAUGUAAAACCCUUGCAAUGUACCCUUUCUGUCUAAAAUUAGUCUAAUAAUAAAUCGAGGGAUGGGACUAGUAGAAGGCAAGGUAAUGACAACACAAUAAAACAUCCAGAGACUUUUGUUUAGCUAGAAAUUUUGUCAUGUCUCUGAGAGAAAAAAAAAUCAUAGCUAUUUUUUCUUUUGAAAAAUUGAAAUUAGAAAACUAAUUGAAUGGCCAGUCUCUUCUAAUUUGACCAUAGGCAAACACCUGUAUGCACAUAGGCUUUAAGUUUGAGAACAAAGUCAGCACUCAGUGUUACACAAACUGUUUAAAAAUCUUACUUGCCAUGUUUGUCAAUUCAUUGUUCUUUAUGUAUUACCUAUAUAAAAAAUGUUAUCUUAAAACCAUAUGCUGUUAAAAUUCUCUUUUUAGCCAUAUUCCUUCAGAAUGCCACCAGUUGAUACUUCUUGGACUCUCACCAUCUCAUCAUGGAACUCUUUUGCUCUCGUGGUGCUGAGAUGCUGACAGAUACUACUGGUUAUGUUUUCUAUACUACCUCCUAUGAGGAAGGAAGCAGUCUGGUUAGAAAGACUUUUUUUUAAGGAGAAUGUAAGUUAAUAAAAUGUCUCUUUGGUAAAGGGCCAGCUUUUUUUUUUGUCAAACUUUGGAAAACAGUAGUGACCUAAACAUUGCAAACAGGGAUUUGUAUUUCUGAAGCAUAAUGUGAGGUAUUUUUGCAACAUGAAUUCAUCGCUGUCUUGUUCUUGCUGCAGAAAGAAAAUGCACUUGCAGCAGCUUCAGUUCACUGCCCAAGCUCGGCUGCUGUCCUUCAGUGCAGCGUUAGAGUCCCAGCUCUCUGCUUAAGCUGCUGGAAAGCUUUUGUCAUGAUAAAACUAUUAGAAAGCCUGAGGUUUAUGUCUCAUUAUGCCUCAGAAUGUUAUUUGGAAUGUGCUUUUGGUCUUGCAGAUCACAGGGUAUUUUUUUGUGUUCAGAGCGCUCUCUGAUUUAAGACUGCCUUAUAAAAUGACCACAAAUGGCAAACUUGCUAAUGCAGGAGCAAUUCCACCUCUUCAAAUUCAAUAGAUGAUGACUUGUUAAAUCUGCCAAUCAUCAAGAACCCAGUGUACCCUAGUCUGUGUUUUUCCUUCUUCCUAUAUCAAAUAUCUUGAUCUUGUUGCAGCACAAUACCAUAACUGAGCAUAUUGGAAGGAAAUGAGGACACUCACUGCGAGCCUGAACCCUGUCAUUAGCUCCCUGUUUGAAUUGUAAGCAGGGUGACUAAUCCCUGAUCACAGGUGUGAAGUGAGAAUAAUGCCCGCGAGUAUAAAGGUGGUUUUGAUAUUCCAAGAGAUGGAAACAAGUGAAAAAUGCUGGCUUGUGCAAAUGAAUAUGGGGGAAUGACCCUCAAGUCUAUACGCUUGGUUAACUGAUACCACACACUCAGUACUUUGUCGUCACAAGUUUACAACUUUUGUAGGGUGAUGUUGAACAGAAAC